GUUGCUGUUAAAUAAGUACUUUUCUGGAUUACUGUUCUGCUUUUUUGUCAUAUACUUUUUGGGUAUUUAAUGCACCGCUUAGUUCUUUUGUGUUAAAGGAUGAGUCCACAUUAAUUACGACAUAUAUCGUGGUAAAAAAAUGUCUAAUGUUCACAUACAUCAAGUAACCGCCAUAUUGAAUUAAAUUUCAUGGUAGAAAAUACGUUUUAAUUUUCGGUCACGAUAUCACUAUACACGCUUCUUUCAUAAGAAUAUCAAAAUUUUAACCAGGUUGGUCAUUAAUCUUUUUAUUCUAUUGUUCUGUAUACCUAUAGUAUUUGAUGUAAAACCCCAGUCUGAUAUUAGCUAUUAUAAAGAUAUUCUUAUACAAAAACGCGGAUAUCAAUAAAGCCCAACCGUCCCAAUCUUAAGCAUGAGAACCAUUAGUUUGGGUAGACAGGAAAUAAUUUUGAUCAGGAGCAUUUAUAAAUGUAAUAAUGUAAUAAUAUUAUAUAUUGACAAACAAGAAAGGACAAUGAAUAUUCUUAUAAAACUGAUGUUGCUGGUGAGCUGUUUUCAGCAGAUAUUCACCUUUGAUAUGUGGGAAAUUAUUGAGAAGGAAAACAGAGGCGAUGCAACCAAGAAUCGAACAAAAGGACGUUUUGGAGGACCGCAAUACGCCGAAUCAAAAAUCAUUGAUGGUGAUAUCAUAAGAGAGGUUAAACUGGCAGCUCCUACUACUGGAUUGUGGCCUCUGUUUUCAUGGCACAAACGACUGUGGAUGAAGAGAGAAAUUCCUUACUUAAUCACUGGUUCUUUGACACAAGUUGAUAAGACAAAGAAGAUUAAAGACUCUUUAAAGAAAAUAUCAGAUGUCACUUGUUUACGGUUCAGACCCAAACAAUCAUCGGAUAAACAUUGGCUACAAUACUAUGCAGGGCGUGGGUGUGCAUCUGGCAUUGGAAGAAAAUAUUUUAAAGACUAUAAACCAACAGAAAUAACACUUGGUACGAACUGCGUCCAUCCAUCCAUCAUUGUACAUGAAACACUUCACGCUUUGGGCUUUCCACACGAGCAAUCACGCUAUGAUCGGGAUUCUUUCGUGAAAAUAUACGACAGCAGGAUUUUAAAUAUGUUUAAAAACAACUUUGAGAAGAAUGAUCUUUAUGAGAUUGACACUCAAGGAACUCCUUAUGAUUAUCACAGUAUUAUGCAUUAUUCAAAAAGAAGCUUUGCAAGGUAUCCUACAGGGAAUACAAUCGAAGCUAAAUUUGAUCCAAACAUGAAGCUUGGUGGUGGCCAGUUAUCUCCAAUUGAUAUCACUGAAAUCAAUCGUCUGUAUCAGUGCGAUGUAAAAAAUGGUUGGGGAAGAUGGACUAACUGGUCACCAUGCAUUCAAAAACAAUGGGGAGAUUACGUGUGCACAAAAGCGAAAGUAAGAGUUUGCUUUUCCAAGUACAAAUCGGAUUGUCCUGGAGCUGAUGAAAAUGGAGUGGAAGAAAUAGUUGAGAAAUGUUCAAAUUCCGAAUGUGAAGCUGAUAAAAAGAAAAAGGACGGGCAAUGGGGUAAUUGGGGUCCUUUUUCGAAAUGUAGUGGACCAUGUGGUUGGGGACGAACGGAAAGAUAUCGCCAAUGCAAUAACCCUAGUCCAGCAUCUGGUGGAAAACAAUGUGUUGGAAAUAAUAAAGAGUUGAGAUUGUGUCGCAAUAAGCGGUGUGGAAAAGCAUUUCCACAAGACAACAGCUUUGACAGUGUCGCAUGGGGAAACUGGAAGUCAAAGGGUUUUACAAUAAAGUAUACUUCGCAUACAAAUUCAUGGAAUGAAGGACCAUCCAGAGAUCACACAUCAGAGAUUAGAGGGAGAACCUAUAAAAGUUAUUACGCAUCCGCAAAAAAUCAACCAGGGAAAUAUGAAAAAAUGCAACUUUGGAGUCCAUUUAUCCAUAGCUUCAGUGGUCAAAAAUGUUUAUCAUUCUAUUACAUGCUAAACGGAGUCAAUCUCCAUCCGACCAACGCUUUGAGUGUCUUUUUGAAAGAUCAAAAAAAUAACUAUUUGAACUUGGCAUUCCAUCAAGGUGGGCAUCAAGGCAACUAUUGGAAACGACAUUCCCUUCGUAUCAGUUCUGUGAAAGCGCCUUUCCAGUUUGUCUUUGAGUUCCAAACGUGGGGUUAUCGACCUUCCGAAGUCGCCAUAGAUGACAUAUUUUUUGAUCACAACGAUUGUCAAAAAGGAUUGACAGGAUGUACAGAUGUGAGAAAAGAUUGUCAACAAUUGGCUUCUACAGGUUUAUGCAACUCAAAAACAGAAUUCCGUAAAAUGUUGGGAGAAUGUUGUGCUACAUGCAACGACCCCAAAUAUCAAAAGAUCACAGAAACAUGCACGGAUUUAAAACAAGCUUGUUACUAUUGGUCUAAAGAAAAUCUUUGUAAGGGUGGAAAAUUCGAAGCUUUCAUGGGUCAAAACUGCUGCGCAUCGUGCAAGGGAACACCAACAUGUAAAACCGACGACAAUGCCAAAUGUGAAAAGUGGGCAAAGGAAGGAGAAUGUAAAAAAAAUAGAAAAUGGAUGCUGAUAAAUUGUUGCGCAUCAUGUUUCAAAUUUGGUCAAUAAAAAGUGAUGUAACGCAUCUGCCGCAUGUGACGACAUGUGACAGAUGCGUGACAUAUGACAAUUGUGUCACGGAUGCACCUAUGUAACAGCGUGGACGUGACGAAGUAUGGAUAUUAAAUAUGCACAUUUUUUGAGAUUGAGAUUUUUUUGUUUGAUAUAUUUUUUGUAUAAUAAAUAGUUUUGUAUAUCACAUAAUCUUAAAAACACAUACGUUGUAGUAAU